UGUUAGCCACGGUCACACUGUCACUGUCUGCAAAAUAUUUUAAACAAAAAGUGCUUGUUAAUUAAGUAAUUUACCUAAUAUAAGUGUGUGUUUUGUCAAAUUUUGCGGCUGGCCAAACGACUGUGCAAGUGAUUUAAUCAUUAUUCGAUCUUUUGUGUGGCCUUCCGAGCGAGUUGCCUACUGCCAUCUCCCUCGCACCCCCGCUUUCGGCAUCGGGCCUUUUUUGUGUGCAUUUUUACACACACACACAUUUACGGAUAUCCAAGAAUUUACACAUUAUAUUUUUUGCGCUAAACCAAACCAAAAAAUAAGAAAAAUGUGCAAGUGCUGAUCAUUAAUAUCCGUGGAGCGGUGCCUUCCGCAAAGUUUGUUUUUUUUUUUCGGCAAAAAUGGAGGAGGAUAGCGCCGCUGCUGUCGCAGGAAAGUGCAGCGAAAUUAACCGAAAUAACAAUUUAUAGUAGUGUUUGUAGUCAUGCCAACAACAAAGGCAACAACAAUAAUAUUGGCAGUCAGCAAAGAACACGAAGAAGAAGCGGCAAUAACACAUAAAAAUUGCGAUACGCCAAUGGCGACCCCAACAAAAAUAACAACAACAACAAUAUCGGAAUCAACAACACCCGCAACAGCAACAACAACGGGCAGCCAAGAAUCUGCAGUUGGCAGCGCAACAACAACAACAAAAACAAUCGAGGCGUCGCAGCCAACGCUGCUGCCUCUGCUGGCCUCAGCAGCGGCAUGCCACAAGCCGUUGCUCUUCAGCCGCCGCUUCCAGGACAAACGGAACUUUAGCUCUCUGCCGCUCUUCGUCUACGCAACGUCGCCGUCAACGCACGCCCAUUCUGCCGACGGCGUGGGCGUGGCCCGGGAGGCAGCCGCAUUCAGCAAAAAGAAUGAAGGCUUUGAGCUACCCACAACGCAUGGCAUCAGCAAAACGGACGGAAGCUGCAUUAGCCACCACCACAGUCAGAGCAACGGAACCGGAAGUGGGAGCGUCAACGGACCUUUACGCACCUCUCACCUGGCCAGCGGGGCCAUGGAAUGCCUGCCGAUGAGCAGUGCCGCCCAUCAUCAUCCGCAUCUAAUGGCCAGCGGGACGGCGGUAGGUACUGUCUCCGCCGCCUCGCCUACGGCCACCGUGGUGGUGGGGGCCACGUAUCCCCAUCACCUGCACCACCACCACCUGAGCCACCAUACGCCGUAUAGCAACAGCUACGGGAGCCAUCACAUCCACAGCGAGCAGACCAAGUCGCUACAGGAGCUGCAGCAUGAGGUGGGCGCCCUGCUGGAGUUCCGGGAUCUGGUCAUUGAAACGUUUCCCGAUCUCAAGCACAAAAUGGCCUCGAUGUCUGCCACACCCUCGACGCCCACCUCCUCGGUGGGGGCCAUGGGUGGCAGUCACUCGGUGGGUGGCGGCAGCUCCUCAUUAGCCACCAGCAGACGCGAAUGGGAGCCUGGCAUACGCAUGAAACGCAAACUAUCGCACAAGGAACCGUCCACGUCGUCAGCGUCGUCGGGAGCUGCCGCCUCCUCUGGAGCGGAGGCGUCCUCCUCGUCGCUGACACGCAGCCGCAGCAAUUCGCACAGCGGCAAGAAAGAGCCAAAGAGCGGAGAGAAUAACAACGGCAGUGUUGUCCAAGACUCCGGAUUCUCAACGGAGACCAGUUCCUCCAAGGAGGGCCACAGUGCCUCCUCCACCAACGGUGCUAUGACGGUGGCCAUAGCAGCGAAUCGCCUGAGCUGUGCCGAAUCGGACGAUGAGUUGCUCAACCUGCUGGACGUCAUACAUCGCAAGUCGAAUCGCUUACGCGACGAGGUGGAGCAGCUGCAGAGCUAUGAGCGCCAGCAGGGUGAUGCCCAGAAGGUAGGAGGCGAGGGCAACAAGGGCCCCGGCAAGGAUGGGAUGACGCCGCAACAAUUCCGUGAGCAGGUGGAGCGACUGAAUCGUGAGGAUAUCAAGCAGCUGCGCAAGGAGCGCGAUCGACUGCUGGACAAAUUGGCCGAAAUGGAGGCGGAGACGCUAACAGGACGCAUCAAGGCGGCCAAGAUGAGCGACCAGGUGGAGGAGCUGAUAGGUGUGAAAAAGGAUCUCGAGGACCAGCUAAAGCUGGCAAUGGCACAGAAGCUGGAGCUGAGCUCACGGGUGCAGCAAUUGCAGCAGAUGCAACAGCAGCAAAGCAAGAGCUCUUCCAGUGGCAGCCAGUCGGAGUACUCCAGUCAACGCAACUUUCUAUCCUCAGCCAACACGGUGCUCUCCAAUGGCGGCCAAAGUCGCCAAGGCAGCAGCAACAACACAUUCCAGCCGGUCGUCGUCUUCGAUCAGCCAGCGCAGGAAGCAUUCCAUCAAAGCUCAGGCAGUGAUAUAACAUCCAGAAAGCAGCAGCAGAAGCAGCAGCAGCAACAGCAGCAGCAGCAGCCCUUGGGUCGCCUUGAUGGCAUUGUCAGCACGCCGGGUGCGCGUAAUGCCAAGUGCCGGCUGACCGAUUCCAAGCGAUUCGGGGCCAUUCUCCUAGAGACGAACGUACUGGAGCUGCAGCGUCACCUCCUCACCCUCACCGUUCAGAACCAAGUGCUGGCCCAGAAGCUGGACACGUCCAGCAAGUCCAAGACGCUGCUGGCCAAGCGGCUGGACAAGAGCAGCGAGGAGUUUGAGCAUAUGCGGUACCAGCUUGAGGAGAAGAGCAUCGAGCUGGAGGGCACCAAGGCGCAGCUUCGGCUGGUGGAGUCCCGCCUGCAGGCAAACACCAGCAGCACCACCAACUCGUAUCUGCACUCGUCGCAGCACGACUACGAGACCAAUCGCUCCUCGGCCUCCACCACGCUGAUGUUGAGUCGUCGUGGAGUCUCAGACUCCGUGGACUCCGCCUCGACGGCCAUGCCCGCCCCGCCAGUCACUCAAAUUAGUACGCCCAGCAUGAAGGCUAUGGUGCCGCUGGCCAUGGAUGAACUACAGCAGCACAGUAGCAGUACGGAGUCGGCGCACGAGCACGAGAAUCAGGCGCAUCGGACACCCAACGGUACGCCGAACAAGACGAUUAUCAAUGCGAGUCCCUGCCUCCCUAUGGGCAGCAGUACGCCCAGCAGUACCAUAGCCGCACGGGUGAUGAGCACCAGUGUGGGCGGCGUGAGUCCGUUUGAGGGGACGACGACUCCGCCAUCACGGCAAAGCGCAUUCCGCAAGUUCGGGAGCGCCAGUAAGCCCAGCAAGAUUCCGCUGCCGGGCAGCAAGGCGGCAGCAUAUUUCGUGGGCAAACCCCCUACGGGAAGACCUUCCACGGCGGGACGGUCGCCACCAUCCACCACCAGCACCUCAUAUGGCAGCAAGUCCUCGUUAAGCAGGAGCACUGGGAACCUGCAGAGCUUACGGAGAGCGGAUACGUCCGCAUCCAAUCAUUCGCUGAGCACGAACACGAGUCGCACUAGCUCGACAUCGUCGUCAAUACCGCUGGCCACUACACCCUACUCAUCCGGAUCGACUGGCAACCGCAGCCAGCCGACAAUCGCAACGACUCCGUCCCCACGUGUCCUCCAGAAUUCGCCGCUGCCCAAGCUGAAGCGGGAUACGAUCAGCUCGAGGGUGCGGCAUCUGGACUCCCUGUCACGUGCCCAGCAGUCGCCGGAGGGAAUGAAGGGCGCCCUCUCCGUCAACAACUCCACCUCCUCCGGUUCCAUUGCCGCCCAGCUAAGUUCGACGCUGCGCAAGGAUCUCCAGCUAAGCGGUAAUGGUACGGGAGCACCGUAUCACCACCGACGCACUGCACACUCGCCGGCGGCGUCGAACUCCGGCAGCGGUGUGUCCCGACGGUAUAGUAGUGCCUCGACGGGGGGUUCCGGUGGCCGAACGUUCGGUCGGGAUCAGGGCGACAUCAUGGCCACCACGCCCACUUCCAGCUAUGGCGGCGGCGACAGUGAUAGUGGCAAGAAUUUGGAAAUGCCAAAUUUCCGUCUCAAUAACCAAGGCUGGCAACUGUGGCAAACGAGCAGCAUCAGUCAAAACCAGCAGCAGCAGCAGCAGCAGGGAUUCCUGUCCUAUGUGUCCGAGGAGACGGUCUACGAUUCGUACUACACGGAGUACACAGCGCCCAAUUCCAUGGAGUGUGGCGGUGACAAUCUCCUGGUCACCUUCGACUAUGGCUACAGUGACUCCAUCACCGAGGCGAGAGCUGAUCCUGUGGCCCGGAAUGAUCGCAGGGGCGAAGGCGCUGCUCCAAGAGGCGAUGUGGUCGAAGGAGACGAUGAGGUGGCCAUUUGGUUUGGCACUCCGCCCAAGGAUAAGAGGGAUGCCAAUCUAUUUGAGGUGCAUCAUGUGCAGCACAAGCUGCUGGAUGAUAGCCUCCAGUCUCUGAUCUCCUACGAUGUGGAUGAUUUCGAGGAGCCGGAGGAGGAUGGGGAUGAGGAUAGGGACGAGGAGAUCUUCUACGAUAGCAUUGAUUGUGUGGGAUGAUUAAAGGGGGUCGUGAGCAUAUCCCAACUAGUCUUGGUUUUCUUUGCCUUCUUUCAAGCGUUUUGUUUUUAUAAUUAUCGAAAGGCAACUGAGGAGGAGCAUAUGUGUAUGUAGCUGUAGUAUAUAGUAUCCCGUAUAUAGUGUAUCUUGUAUCUUGUUCUAAAUGUAUUAUUUCGGGCCUGCAAUGAACGGAUUGUAAUGGAAAUGAAUUGUGACUGAAUUUUGAAGAUUGUAGGUAGUGAUUGCUUGUUUUUCCCCCGUUAACCAUUCAGGGCUUUAGUCUAUACGAUGAUGGUUUCUUCGACUAUAUUUAUUAUUACCCUAUCAUGUAUCUAUAGUUUAGAGUAUAUCGAGUUGAAUGUGUAUGUACGUCUUUGUAAGAGUCUUAAGUUAGUUAUCCUGCACUAUUGCCUAUAUUUACUCAAACGCUACGAUACACUCUAGGCCAGCUAAGUAGUUUAGUUGUUAAUCAAAUUUAGUUAACACAUCGCAUCUAAUGUAUGUAUGUACAGUUCUGAAAUACCUACUACUUGUGUAUGUACGUAUUCUACUUAAGUCAGAAGAAAAAGCAAAUCUAAUAAGGUCUAUCUAUAUCAUGUUAUCACGAAACUGCGUUUACUACAUUUAUAAAUCCAAACAGACACGGGAGCGAUGAUGGAGACCAUCAAUUAUGAUUCAUAUUAAAGCUAAUAUUAUAAUAUAUAUAUAUUCAAAAGGCAGCAAAUGUAGACAUGUAUCCAUCUAAACAGCAAAUGUAAUUGAUAAACACAUAUAAAAGAAAACAGAAAAAAAACUAAA